CGCCGGCUUCCACCCUCAUCCGACUCCCAGAAAAGAGGGCAAAAUAUACAGCCGGCGAGGCGCGCGCGCGUGCUGCCAUGGACGCCGGUUGUGGGGUUUAGCUGGAAUCACGGCGGCUCAACGACCUCGAGCGCAGGUCAAACCCUAGGCCCUUGUUGCUUAAGCAUGUGUUUCAAAUGCACGUCAAUAUGAACUCAUAAAGCCGUCUUUAGUUGGUCAUUAUAGCCAUUUUGGUUAGUCAUAUUACGACAGCCAGUACUAUUCUCUACUCGCUGCAGAUGGAGCAGAACCCAGAUCCUGGGCCUGUUGACAAAUCAGUUCUCGUGGAGCAGGAGCAUCACAAAUCCGAAGCUAUAUUUGCUGGGAAGGCCUGCAAACCUAUCAGAUUUAUCGAACACGGCACGAGGCUUAACCAGUGGGAGGUGAGGCACGAGGGAAUGCUCACGCUACUGCGGCGAGCUGGAUUCUACCACCUGUCUUUCUUGAAGCGGGUUCAGCUCGACCAUGCUCUGCUAAACGCUUUGGUCGAAAGGUGGCGGCGCGAAACGCAGACCUUCCACUUGCGGUUCGGGGAGAUGGCGGUGCUCUUGAAGGAUGUGGCGAUUCUUACCGGACUUCGCGUACACGGUACUCCUGUCACCGGCGCAACAGGCUGUCGCUGGGAACAGCUGUGCUUAGAGCUGCUAGGCCAAGAACCUCCACAGAUAAAAGGCGGUUCUGUCAACAUCGCGUGGUUGCAUGACACCUUUGCAAGCUUGCCGGAUGGGGCUGGUAAGUUGCAAAUAGAGCAUGCUACGCGAGCCUACAUAAUGUACCAAUUUGGCUGCAGCUUGUUUCCUGACCCGAGUGGGACUCGGGUGCACUUAAGAUACUUGGCACUGCUCCGUGAUUUUGAUGCCUCGGGGGAGAUGGCAUGGGGCGCUGCUGCUCUUGCUCACCUCUACAGAGAACUUGGAAAGGCCAGCAUGAAGGGCAAGGCUAACUGUUGUGCCUUUCUCACUCUUCUUCAGUUAUGGGCAUGGGAGCAUAUCCAGAUAGGCUGUCCUGAACGACUGGAGAAUAAGGAUCUAACAAUUGAUCAGCCCCUUGGAUGCAGAUGGGACGUACCCUUCAAGAACCGUGAAAAUGUCCGGUCCAUGGACCACGAGUUUUACAGGCAUGGACUUGAUACUAUAGCAGAUUGUCAGAUUUCAUGGGAUCCGUACAAACCAAGUCUGAUCGGUGGCCUGCCUGCGCUAUGCACACUUGGUUCUGCAGUCUGGCGAUCAAAAACUCCAUUGAUCUGCUUCCAGAUAGUGGAAAUGCAUGUGCCUGAUCGUGUGUUACUACAAUUUGGAAUGAUACAGCACAUUCCAGACCCAGUUGAGGCAGUUGAGCGUGUGACAAUGCAGGGUAAAACAGAUGAGGAUUGGUCUACUUACCAUGAGAAGUACAUUAAGCAAUGGGAUAAUAGGCUCCUUUCAGUUGCUGACCAGAAGAAUAACGUGAAUUCAGAUCCUACUCAUGCAAGGAACUGUUACUUAGAAUGGUACUGGCGAAUUACACGUCGGUGGAUCUCUACUCCAGUUGAAUGUCCAGUCAUAUCCGAUCAGUUGUCUGGGCACAGUGAGAAAGCCCUGGUUGAUCUGGUAAGUACGGUGCAGGUACGAAUUAGAACGUUGUUAUCAGGUGAAAUGGAUGGGGAGAAGGUCAAAGAAUCACUUGGUGAUAUUGAUAUGUAUAUUACUGCUGAAAUGAAAAAGGUACAGUUUGCUGUCACACCAUGCACUAAUGAACCAACCCACUUAAAUUACAAGCAGCAACAUAUGGUUAUGUCCUCAGGUCAACUGCAGGUUAUGCAAAUUGUUCUUCCCACUGAAAUUGGAAAUGAGAGUCUUAAAUCGGCCAUGGCUUGUUCAACUUCUGUGGAUUCUAUUCAAGCUAAUGUUGGAAAGGUGGAACAAGUUACUGAUGGUUACAUGGAGGGAAAUACCAUACUACAAUUGGAAGGAAUGAGGGGAAUUCAACCUGAAGAAGGAACACUUGUGAGGCCUCCUCCGAGAGGAAAUGGCACCAGCAACUGGAAUGGGGAUCUGCAUCAGCAAGAAGAUCCUAUCGAUGUUUCCAUGACAGAAGUCAAUAUGCAGUACAUAAUCAGUACACCUGUAGAGGAUGCUAUGACUGGGGUUAUUAGUACAUCUGCAGAGAAUGCUAUGCUGGAGGAGACUUCAGAUGCAGAGAUGAAGAAUGGAGAAAGUCCUCUGCGAACUUCCUCUCCGCUCAGUGAGAUUGAGGAAAUGCAGGAGGCUACUGAACUUAUGUAUAACAAUAAGAUCCACAACAAGGUUAAUAAUGAAUCGCAGGAGUUUGCUGAUGCACCUGUGAUCAACAAUAGUACAGCUGAAGAGGCCACCCGUGUACAUUUGAAGGACAAUUACAUGGAGGCCACUCAUAUUUAUCCUAAUAACAUAUCAGGUCAGGAAACUGCGAGUAGACCAUCAGAUGGUCCAGAAUCUUACAUGAUCUUGGGUGUAUCUUCACAUAAUGGUCAACUGCAAAAAAACGCUAAUGUAUCUGGGAAGGGUGAUAAGGUCGAACACAUUCUGGUCAUGAGAACGGACUGUAGUAUAGCUGAGGGGGCGAUCGGUGAAGCUCUUAGUGCCACUGGACCUGGAGAGACCCUGAGUGCAUCUGUGAACAAGUUAAGCUCAACGAGAGGAGAUUCUGAACCUCCAUCAGGUUCUAAACAGGAAGAACCUCCAGCUGCAGUGCCAGGAUCCAGUGAGCUGCAAGAUUCUGUUUGCAAACUGCCUAAGGAUAAUGCUGUUCAGGACAGAGUUCAUGCGGUGCAAAAUCUAAUGUUGCAAGAGAAUGUUAAUGACUGCAUUGAGAAUGGCUCUUUGGAACCUGUGGUUCUGCAGAAACUUGUUGUCACACCUGCACAUAUCACUAUUGUUGGAGAGAAAGGUAUUGGUCCGUUCUCUGGAGAAGCAACUGAUACAUUGGUAGAGGAGAAUUCCACUGGUAAUGGGUAUCCAGACCAGGAGGAAAUAACUAAAAGGAGGAAAGUGACAGUUUCUUCACAUGAAAAUGCAGAGGCCCUGCCAACUACAGCGGUUAUUAAAUCCGAGAAGCAAAACGGCAGUGGCCAGUUUAUAGCAUUCACAAGAAGGAAACGGAAGAAAGAAGUUGAGCAGUCGUCUCUUUGAAUUCUAAUGUUGCUAUUUAUCUUGGAGUAAUAUUUUCAGAGGCCGGUUUGUUUAGGUACUUGCCUAGGGUGAAUGGAUACUUGCAUAGGCUAGAGCAGGAGACUACGCCUUCAUUUCCGAUGGUCACGGCUAUAUCAGCUAUGCACAGAUACAUGUGAGGCAAGAGAAGGUCCGGAGGAGGAUCAGCGAGGAGAAGGCUGCGGCAACAACGAGAAAGAACAAGUCAACGACAGAAGGAGAAGAGGAAAAUAAGAUGAACAAGAGUUCUAUGGCUGAAGAAGAGAAGGCGGUCUGCAGCUCACGGACAUCUGGGAGGGUUCAUCCAUAUGCAUCUUCCAUGGCACCAGCGGCAUCGCCAAUAGUUGGGCACCACUGAAGUUGGCCAGACAUGAAACAGGAACAUCCGCCCUGUGCAGGAGUCAUCUUUAGGUCAUGAGAGGGUUGGAUAUGAGUGUAGUUUGGGAUUGUGGCUAUUCUUCCUCUGUUGUCCCACCGAGGAAAUAAAGCUGUUGUCUCACUAAAGAACUAAAACUGGUGUCUCGUGAUCGAUCUAGUUUCCCUUUUUGGCUUUGCACAUAUAUUUCUGUCUAUGUUAUAACAUUAUAAAAGCUGGCACUGUGAAAUGGGAAUUUGCUUCCUUUUUCUACGCCUUCAGAAACAGUUCUGGUGUCCUUUUCA